AUGGCACCAAAAGCUGCUGAGAAGAAGCCCUCGACCGGCGGCAAGGCCCCGGCUGGCAAAGCUCCCGCUGAGAAGAAGGAGGCCGGCAAGAAGACUGCUGCCUCUGGCUCCGGCGACAAGAAGAAGCGCACCAAGGCCAGAAAGGAGACCUACUCCUCUUACAUCUUCAAGGUGCUCAAGCAAGUCCACCCUGACACCGGUAUCUCCAAGCGCGCCAUGUCCACCCUCAACUCCUUCGUCAAUGAUAUCUUCGAGCGCGUUGCUACCGAGGCCUCCAAGCUCGCUGCCUACAACAAGAAAUCCACCAUCUCCACCAGAGAGAUUCAGACCUCCGUCCGUCUCAUCCUGCCCGGUGAACUGGCCAAGCACGCUGUCUCUGAAGGCACCAAGGCCGUCACCAAGUACUCUUCCUCUGCCCGAUAA